AUAAAUUUCCGCCAUUGGCGCAUAUACGCUCUGUAGAUAUUACAGUCAACAGAACAAUACUUAGCUAAGAAAAAGGAAGAAACAUCCUUCUUCCUUUUCUGAACCCCUAAUUCUCUUGAGCUAUUUUCAACUUUACCUACACAUUAGUUAGCGCACCAUGAAUUUGGGGUUUUGUCAUCCAAUUCGAUCUCACUUGACCAGAUAUUGUGAGUGCUGCUUUUGAUGAUGUCUAGACCUAUGCUACUCGUCUUUCUAUUACUUGUACUCAUAAUCACCUCUCAGUUUGAGUGGAGACAACAACUUGUUAAUGACAUUGACUCCACUCCUUCUGUCAACCCGAAGCAGCAACAGACAUCAAAGAGGGAAGAAGCUGUAAAGGAGAAGAUUAUCUUAUCACAAGAGAAGAAUAUUUUUAGACUCAAUGAACUAGUAAGGAGUCUUCAGCAGCAACUGUUGCAGUGCAGGGGCAAUAAUGAAACCACAAAUAGCAUCUUUGCCCCUUUGACUGAAAAUGUUAUUGAGAUUGAACGACAGCAGAUCCUGGAGGACUAGGAUAGGAUAUUUUGAGCUUUCUGUUCAGUAUAGCAAUGUUGAAACUGUACAACCUUUGAUUUUCUGGUAACAGUAUGAUUAUGAAGUUCCUUUUGAAGCAUCUUAUUCAUGAUCGCUACGUCAAAUUUCUGUUGCGCUGCCCAUAUUCUUUGACAGGCAAUUAUUCAGAUAAUCAUUAUUCCUUAUUGCCGUAUA